AAAAUUUCGCACACUUUAUCUUUCUCACAGCAUGCACUUCACCUUUCUCUCUCUAGAGCUACCCCGUAAUUCUGCUCGCCGAUUCAAAACCCUAGAACAAAGUUUCGCCGUAUUUGAAGAUCGAUUUUUAUCUCCGUUUUUCUGCGGUCACGUACAUCUCAAUUAUAACGAGGCUGUCUCAUGGUUGAAUAGUUGGCACAGGCUGAUGAUUAAGUUUGAGGAGAAUUGGGUGUGAACAUAGUUCUUGUUUUAACAUAUAUAUAUAUAUAUAUAUAUAGAGAGAGAGAGAGAGAGAGAGAGAGAGAGAGAGAGAGAGAUUGUAAUGUUGUAUAGAUCCCAGAUAAGAAGGAAUUUGAUUUUUCAGAGGUUAAUUCUUUAUUUAUCAAUUUAAAUAAACCAACAUUGAACAGCUGAAGUUUUGGGUGCCAACCAUCUAUGCCUGGCAACGAAUUUGGAGAUAGGGUUCACAAUUUCUUUGCACAAGACAAUUCGUCACAGGGACAAUCACAUGUUCUGGGAGGAAAUUGGUCUGUGCCCAACAACAAUUUUUGGGUUGGCAGCCCGAAGCAAAUUGAUGUACUGAAUUCAAGUAGCAGCAAUUACACUUCCCAAAGCUCAGCAGAUAUAGAUAGAGGGCAGUGCAGCUAUCCUGUUGACUCAACGCAUGGCUUGAACUUUUCUCAAUCAAAUCUGAGGCCUGAUUUUUCUAAAAGUCAGUCCUUAAAUGAACAGCCAUAUUCAAAUGGCUUCUAUGGUAGCCAGUUUUACCAAACUCGUCAGAAUGAAGCAAACUUUCUGGCAAUGGAUACAGAUACUGAUGAUCGUCAUAUAAUAACCUCAAGAGGCUUAUCGUUCCAUGAAUUACAGCAAGGGAGUUGUCCUGAACAACAAGAAAAAGCUUCAGAUGGUCUGCAAACAUCUGUAGCUCCUGUAAGUUUUGAUCUAUUUGGUGGUCAGCAGCAGAUGAACCAUCAGCAAGCAAGCAUGCUGCAGGCAUUCCAGCGACAGCAAUCUGGCGUCAACGACAUGCAGCAACUGCAACAGCAACUAAUGAUCAGGAAAAUGCAAGAGCUUCAAAGGCAGCAGCAACUUCGGCAGCUUCAUUUAAGGUCUCAAAGUCUGAUCAAUCAGGCUCCCUCCUUUAUUAAACAUGCAUCUGGCAGCCAGUCCUCUACUCUGGUUAACGGGACUCCAAAUUCUGAAGCAUUACAGUAUCCUUGGAUGUCUGAGACAGGUACAAACUGGCUGAGCUGUGCUUCUUCAGCCAUGCAAGGCUCCCCAAGUGGACAUGUUUUUCCUCCAAACAUGGGCCAGACACAACGUUUGGUGGAUUUGGUGCCUCAACAGGUCGACCAAUCUCUUUAUGGAGUUCCUGUUUCCAGUUCAAGGGGUUUGGCUGUAAACCAAUACUCUCAGAUGGGGACACAGAAAUCUUCAAUGCCACAAGUGUCAACAUCUGGAAAUUCUUUUCACAGUAACCAGCAUAAUCUUUUGCCUGAUCAAAUUUCUGCACAGGAGGGGACUUCCAUUUCUAGAGAGAAGUUUCAGAGUGAAAAUAUGUCGGGACAUGCUUCUAGUCAAUUCCAAGAUACUGGGAUAAUGGAUGUUGGGGCCCCUCAGCAAGCAGAUUCUAUACAAAGAAAUGCACCUCUGCCUGACUUUCUGGGUAGACGGGGGCUAGCUACUCGAUCGGAGACCUCACAUGAAAGACCCACAAGGCAUGUUACUUCAUCCGAAGUUUCCCUUGAUCCGACUGAGGAAAAGAUUUUGUAUGGUUCAGAUGAUAAUAUAUGGGCUGCCUUCGGCAAGAGCCCCAACUUGAGUGGUGGUAAUUUAUUCGAUAAUGGUGGGUUAUUGAAUGGGUCUUCAUCUAUUCAAAAUGGUAGUUGGAGUGCUCUUAUGCAGUCAGCAGUCGGAGAAACUUCUAGCAGUGAUAUAGGGCCACAGGAGGAGUGGAGUGGUUUGAAUUUUCACAAUACUGAUGGUUCUUCAGCAAAUGAGCCCCAUUCCAUGCACAGUGACAAUGUUAAACAAGCAUCUUUGCCUAGUGACAACCUGCAUAUUCUUUCAGGAUCGAGUUCUGGAUAUUUUCCCCCUUCUGCUGAUACAAAUAAACUUCAUGUAAUGGGAUUGAAUCAACCUGGACAUAAUCAGAAUGAGCCUGGUCAAAAAGGGCCAACUGUAACGUCUCAAAGAUUUGGGCAGUCUUUGGAAGAAGCUAGCAAGUGGUCAAAUCGCAGUCCGCUACAAAAAUCAGUUACUGAAGGGAAUCAAAUAUAUGGAAAUGCCAAGACCAUUUCUGCAACUUGGGCCUCUGGACAGAGUGGACCUGGAGAGCAACCAAAUGGUCAGAAUGCUCCCGCAGCUGCAUCAUCUGGUAGAGAUAGAGCUUUCAAUAGUCAUGAGGCUGAUAAGUUGUCACAAAACUCCCAAAACAAUCAAUUGAAGGUAAUGCAAGGAGAUGUGGUGCAGGGGAAUUCUUUGUGGAAGUCCAAUUCUGUGUCUAGUUCUGCUCUUGAGUUUGGGCCUGUACAUUCUACAGUUGGAAAUCGCCAAGCAAAUAAAGGGGUUUUGAGUUUGAAUGACUCUGCUGCUUCAGUAGCAAACUCGUGCCAUAUGGGGAAUGGUGAAGAAACCAGUGCAUUUAUUCAGAAUAAUUAUUUAAUCAAUCAGUGGAAGAAUGCUUACCCUUCAGCCCAAUUUCAAGGGGGUGAACGCUCGGGGAGAAUAAACCAGGUUAAUGAACACAAUCAGGGUUUGGACUCGUUGAAUAGCUGUGACAAAGAUGAAGUUACGAGACACAAUAUAGAGAAUUGUACUACGACAGAGAAUUCUACUGAUAGCCAUCGCUCCAACUUAUCUCAGCAUGCUUCUGGUGUCUUCAGAGAAAGUGGGGAUGCGAGUGAUUCAAAAUCUGUGCCCUCUGGGAAACAAAAGUCAAACAAUCAGCUUGCUAGAAAAGUUUCUGUCCCUCGCAAGUUUCAGUAUCAUCCCAUGGGAAAUUUGGAUGAGAAUGUAGAGCGUACCAAUGGGCUGAAGCAGCCUACCCAGGUACAGGGUAUGGACCUGCAGCACACCCAUUUUGGCCAGUCAAAAUUGUUUGGUCAGGUUCCUAGAAAUUCUGCAGUAAAAGAAAAGGGUGAGCUUCAAAAUGACAAUAAUGCCCCUGAAGAAGAGCCUUCCCGUGGCAGCUUUUCUGGUCAUGCGCGUAAUGCAUCUGUUCCAUCUGGUCGACCGUUUGAUUCAUACACACCAAACAAGGCCUCUUCACCCAGUCAAAACAUGUUGGAACUUCUUCACAAGGUGGAUCAAUCAAGAAACAGUGGUUCUGUGCUGCACUUAAGUUCUUCUGAAUGGAAUGUAUCAUCUCAGCCACCUGAAGCAGAAAAAAUUGAUGGGCCUGCUGGUCGCCUCCAACGUACUCAGUCUUCUGUUUCUCAAGGUUUUGGGUUACAGCUUGGUCCUCCAUCUCAACGCCUGCAGACUCCUGACCUUUCAUCAUCUUCUCAGAAUGCUCAAGACAUAAGCAAUCCCAUGCGUGCUAGUCGUGCUGGUGCAGAAAUGGGAGGUAAAGGCCUGCUGAUGGGGCCAACUUUUCCAGCCCAGUCGUUGCCUUUUCCUAAUGAAGAAACUCAGAGUGAAUUUAAAAAUGACAGAAAUGCAGUUCCAGGACAUCGUGGCAAGGGGAACUCUCUGUAUAAGAUGCCUGGAAAUUAUGAUCCAGCUUUCAUUUCGGGUACUACUUAUUCGAGAAGUCAGCUUCAAAAUAAUCAAAUAACAGGAUUAAGUGGAAAGAUGGAAAUGAAUCAACAUACUGACUCCUCUUUCACCGGUAGUGCUGCACGCUCUGGGCAAAGAGGAUCUGCACAGACUGUUCUACAGAAUGCUUCUGAUAAUACUGAAACAGAUAAUCUUGCCGCGUCUGGGUUCGUGACUCAACAAUCUGGUCCUAAUGAUGUACAGGAAAGAGCUCCAGCUUCAACUCCAUCAACCAGGGAUCAAAUUGAAAGUUCUCAGCAAUUUGACACACCUGGAGUUUCUCAUCAGGGAGCUUCCGGCCAGCUAUUGCAUAGCAUGUGGACCAAUGUCCCUACACAACAUACUUCUGCUGCUCUGUACCAGAAAGCUCCAUCAGUUUUUUCAGAGUUCCCUCAGCCUAAUAUUGUGGAAUCGAGUUCUCAAGGUCUGGAUGUUAGUAAAGGGGGUUACUCAGUAUCACCUGUAAACGUUGAGUCAGCUCAAAAAAUGGAAGAGUCUUUGCGGCAAGCAUCCUCCAUUAGGUAUCAUUCAGAUGAUUCUCCUGCUAGUUCUGUUUCAACACAGAAGGAUAUUGAAGCUUUUGGUCGAACUUUGAAACCUAAUAACUUGUCUAAUAAAAAGUAUGCCUUGCUAAACCAAAUGAGGACCUUGAAGGAUGUGGGGACUGAUCCGAGCAUUAGGGUCUCAAAGAGAAUAAAAGGACCAGAUAAUGUUCUUGAUGGUCAUCAAGUAAAUUUGAUGGCAGGACAGCAAAAUGAGCAUAACAUUGGUGAUACAUUGGGUUCGAAUACUGUAUUUCCUUCUGAAGAUUCCAAGACUGUGAGUGCCUCUAUGCCAUCUGAUAUCUUGCAAAGAAAUCCGUCUUUACAUGGAAAUGUUGCUGCAGAGGAUGUUGUGGCACUUGGUCUGCGUGGGUCUGAAAACAACCCUUCUGCCGAUUGUACUACUUCUGUUAGAGUGGAGCAUCAUCAGGUUAGUCCCCAGAUGGCACCGUCCUGGUUCAACCCGUUUGGAACUUUGAAGAAUGGGCAAAUGGUGCCCAUUUCUAAUGCACAGGAAGUUACAUCAUUAGGACUAGGAGAAUCACCAUUUACUCUUGUGAAAUCUUCUAGUAUGUUGGAUGCUCCUAAUCCAGAGGAGAAACGUACUGCUGCUCCAAUUGAUGCAUGUCAAGUUGGUGGCUCUGUUCUAAGUUCUACCCCCACACUAGUAGCAGAUCAUUUGUCUUCUCCUCAGUUAUUGCAGCUAAAUAUGACUAAUCCAAAUCCAGUGCUUUUGAGACCCAAGAAACGGAAGAGUGCUACUUCUGAACUCCAUCCUUGGUAUAAAGAGAUAUCAGAUGGUUCACAAUAUCUUUCGACUCUCAGUGUGGCAGAAACAGACUGGAAUAAGGCAGCAAAUCGUCUUACUGAGAAGGUUGAACAUGAUGCUGAAUUGAUUGAAGAUGGACCUCUAGAGCUUAGAUCAAAGAGAAGACUUAUUCUGACAACACAGCUUAUGCAGCAAUUAUUUCAGCCUCCACCAGCAACUAUUCUCUCCACUGAUGCUUGUUCGAAGUAUGAGAGUGUCACUUAUACUCUAUCUAGAGUAGUGCUGGGAGAUGCAUGCAGGAUUGCUUCAUGCUCAAGUGAUUUGGCUUUGCCCCGUGAUGACAUGAACCUACAUCCUUCUGAGCGCAAACUAAAUGGUAAUCCAUAUUUUGCAAAAGUUGUUGAAGAGUUGUUGGGAAAAGCAAGGAAGCUGGAAAGUGAUUUCUUGAGACUGGAGAAAGGUGCAUCAAUUUUGGACUUGAGAGUGGAAUGUCAAGAUUUAGAGAAGUUCUCUGUUAUCAAUCGCUUUGCUAAAUUCCAUGGCCGGGGGCAAACUGAUAGUGCCGAGGCAGCAUCAAGUGAUGCAGUGUCAACUACUCAGAGACCUUGUGCGCAAAGAUAUGUUAUUGCUCUGCCAAUGCCAAGAAGUCUCCCCGACAGGGUACAAUGUCUAUCACUAUAAUAAUUGAUUGAUUUAUUUUUUGCAUUCGUGUGGUCAAUGGUCUCUGGUGAUUUAUUAUCUGGCACUUCCGCCAAGAUCAGUUGAACCACAUGAUGGAAUUGCAGAAGUAUGGGCAUGAUAUUGUCUCCUGAUACCAGAUGGAGGCUGUUUAAUCUUUCGAUUGGGUUGAUGUCAUCAUUGAGAAAUAUAAGGUUCAGUACAUGUACAUUUCUAUGAAAAUGAGAGGAACUUGGGUCCCCUUCAUUUUUGAGGAAAGAGGGGAUAAUGAGUUCGACUUGGUAUUUCAAAUAUAUCAACACAUUGGUAGAGGAUUCUUCUGAUAUAUAGAUUAGUAUCUAUUUUUCGGUUAUCAAUAUGUGAAGCUUAUUCUGAGCUGCAAAUUCAUGGGUAUUUGUGAAGCCAAGAACUGAAGAUUGUAUAAGUUGGAUCUUCGGUGUAGGUAUCCAAAUCAAUUAACAUGUUGGUUUCUUCAAAUCUUCUUAAAAUGUGGGAUAAACCCUUGCUAAUGAUUUUUCAACACUAUCCUCAAUGCUUGGUGUUUGUAGUGAUCUAAAAGGGAUCACAUCAUUCCAGUCUCUUGUAAACUCCACUUACCAUCUCAUAUGGAAGUUGCGAAAGAGUUGUUGCUGUAAUACUUGACCAGUGGCUACAGUUGUUUUCUCAAGUUGCAAGGAAUAAGUUACUUUUGCUAUUUAUUGUUUGGUUAAAAUGUUCUACUGGUACCAUACCUCCUUUCUACUAUUUUUUGGUUGUUUUCUUUUCCUGGAAAUUUCAUUUCCUGUAUGUAUUAGCCGUUGCUUUGAUAGUCUAGUUAGAAACCUGUGAGAUAGUUCGUUGAUGUUCUUUGUAGCAAAAUUCUUGUGUAUCAUUGAGUGGUAUACUGUAAACAGUGAAUUUGAGCGAUUUCACCACAAUCUCUCACAGCACUGCAGUAGCCCGUUUGUUGUGAUGUUUUUCUUUUCUGUAGUUUCUAAUUUUGUGCUCCAAUUGGUAGCCAUGGACAACGAGACUAGCAUGAACGGUAAAUAUAGUACCAUCAGUUUUGUCGA